AUGUCAUCUAAUCAACAAGUCGACGUUGAUGGAGCACGUCAAUUGACGAAUAUAUUUAUUAAUAAUUUCGGUGAUCAAUUAGAUGAAGAAAAAUUACGUGAGAUUUUAUCAAAACAUGGAAAAGUUUUAAGUUGUAAAGCUGUUCAAAAUUUAAAUGGAUAUUCAAUUGGGGAUAAACAACUUUGGGUUGGCCGUUUUCAAACGAAAAGUGAACAAUUAUCGAACAUAACGCGUAAAAAAGAUUUACAACGACAGGAACGUAUGAAUGAAUAUCAAAAUGUUAAUUUAUACAAUUUAUACAUUAGCAAUUUGGAUGAUACUAUUGAUGAUGAACGAUUAAAAAACGAAUUUUCAAAAUUUGGAACAAUAACUAGUGCUAAAGUUAUGGCAGAAAAUGGUCGAUCAAAAGGUUUUGGUUUCGUUUCUUUUAGUACAACGGAUGAAGCAGCAAAAGCUAUUACUGAAAUGAAUGGUUCUUUUGUCGGUUCUAAACCACUUUAUGUUGCAUUAGCUCAAAGAAAAAAAGAACGUCGUAUGCAUUUAACUAAUCAUCAUAUGCAAUAUAUUGCAACAGCACAUGUAUCACCACAAAUGCAAUUACCAUUUUCAAAUGGAAUGUGUCUUAUGAUGCCAUAUUUAUUAACACCAAUGGACCCAUCACAACCAUGUAACUUCUAUCCAUCAACAGCAAUGCCAAUUUAUCAAUUCGCACAACCAUGUUGGUCAUCACCUGUAACUACCACCGAUGCUAUGAGAUCACAAACAAGUACUCAAAUGAUUGGUAUACAAAUCUCACCAUCAGCUAUGACUGAUGUUGGAUGUCGAUCAACAAUGCCAAUGGGAAUUCGACCAACAUCAAAAUCAGGACAAAUGAUGGCUGACACUUCUGUUCGACCAUGUGUUGGAGUACAAUCACAACAAGCAGCAGCUUAUACUCGUACAGCACGAAAUAUGCCACCUAAUAAUCCAACUGGAUUUUCAGAUUCAAUUGUAGUUACUGAACAAAAACCAUUAACAUUAGCUGCUCUUGCUAAUGCAACACCAUUAGAGCAAAAACAAAUGUUAGGUGAACGUUUAUUUCCAUUAAUUCAACAAAUUCAACUAGAAUUAGUUGGUAAAAUAACUGGUAUGCUUCUUGAAAUUGAUAAUACUGAACUUCUUCAUAUGCUCGAAUCAAGUGAAUUACUUAAAGCUAAAGUUGAACAAGCUAUUGCCAUACUUCAAACAUAUCAAGCCAAACAAGCAGCAACUAAUUCAGCUGCUCAACAAAAUCAAAUAUCAUCAUUUAAAAAAAUAAAAAUAAAACAAAAUCCAAGCAAAUGCAUUGGCACAUAUACAUACACAUAG